AAUACUUUAUUGCUAAAAAAUACUUAACCAUCAUCUAAGCCUUCAGUGAGUCAAUCUUUUGCAAUAGUAACAUCAAAGAUCACCGAUCACAGAUCACCAUUACAAAUAUAAUAAUAAUGGCAAACUUCAAAAUAUUGCAAGAAUUGCCAAAAUGUGACACAGAAACAUGAAGUUUGCAAAUGCUGUUGGAAAAAUAGCACUGAGAGACUUGCUCAACUCAAAGUUGCCACAAACCUUCAAUUUGUCAAAAAGAAAAAAAAAAAGAAACAACUCAGUAUGUGCAAAAUGCAAUAAAGCAAAGCACAAUAAAACGAGGUCUGGAGGUGCAGAGAGGCUGUGGGACUGGGCUAAGGGCUGGCAACGCAGAGCUACCGGAUCGGUCCGAGAUGCCAGAGGUGGAGGAGACACUGAAGCGACUUCAGAGCCAGAAAGGCGUGCAGGGAAUCGUGGUGAACACAGAGGGCGUUCCCAUCAAGAGCACCAUGGACAAUCCCACCACCUCACAGUACACCAACCUCAUGUACAACUUCAUCUUGAAGGCCUGGCGCACCAUGCGUGAAAUUGACCCCCAGAAUGACCUCACCUUCCUUCGAAUUUGCUCCAAGGAAAAUGAUGUUAUGCUUGCACCAGGUAAAGACUAUUUCCUGAUUGUGAUUCAGAAUCCAACCAAAUAAGCCACUCUCUUGGCUCCCUGCAUCUUUCCUUACUUUAAUGCCCCUCAAGAGCAGUAGCGUUAAUCGUGUCAACUGACUGGCCUGUGGAAGUCACCUUAGAGCCCUCUCAGACCAGUCCGUGACCCGGGGUGGGCUGCAGCUCCACCUGCCCCACCACAGUCAUCCCUCUGCUGGCCAAUCGCCCCUGAUUUUCUAGGAGGAAGAUCACGUCCAGGUUUUGGAGCAAGAGCUUGUGAGAAGCCCACACUGUUUCCUUUUGACUUUGAGUUCACUUUGUUGCCCUUGGAAAUGGCUGUUUUUCUUUAACUAAAAAUAACGAAAAUGCUAAAACAAACAACAAAAAAAUGAGGUCUGCCUGUGCUCAGUGAUGGUAGGAGCCAGUCUUUGUCUCCUUUUGUGCUGCCAUCCUUGGCAGGUGGCUUCCACCUCAUUGUCUAAAACAUCUGCUUGAGCUCCAGCCA